AGGAAAUGACAUUUUAUUCCUUGUAGUCAGGAAGAGUCUGAAGUGUUGUGCUGAGCUAACCUUCUGCUGGUGUCAGGUUUUCAAAUAAAUAUAUUCAGUAGGUGUAGAUUACAGGUAUUGAAAAAAGCGCUAGAAUGUCCAGACAAGCCAGCAGAGCAUCGGAGAGCAAGAAAAUGAAUUCAGAACUUUUCACUUUAACGUAUGGAGCGUUGGUUACACAGUUGUGCAAAGACUAUGAAAAUGAUGAAGAAGUCAACAAGCAGCUAGAUAAAAUGUACGUUGAAAUCUUUUCCUAUUUCUUGCUGAAAACAAGAAUGAAUGUUUUAACAAAAAAUGUUAUCUUUAAUCAUAGGGGAUACAACAUUGGUGUAAGACUAAUUGAAGAUUUUCUAGCUCGAUCAAGUGUGGGAAGGUGCCAUGACUUUAGAGAAACUGCAGAUGUUAUUGCAAAGGUAGCAUUUAAAAUGUAUCUUGGUAUUACCCCCAGCGUAACAAACUGGAGUCCUGCAGGGGAUGAAUUUUCUCUGAUUCUGGAAAGUAAUCCACUUGUGGACUUUGUAGAGCUGCCAGAUAACCACAGUGGGCUUGUAUACUCCAAUUUACUUUGUGGAGUACUUCGCGGUGCCCUUGAAAUGGUACAAAUGGCAGUGGAUGUGAAAUUUGCUCAAGAUACGUUGAGAGGUGAUAAUGUUACAGAAAUCCGAAUGAAAUUCAUCAAGCGUAUUGAAGAAAAUCUCCCAGCAGGGGAGGAAUAAGAAUUGGAUAAGAAUUGAAGAGAGUGGACAGUGAGUCAGAGUUGAACGAGGCAACCUGCAGGCAGCUGUUCAAGGCCUCCUGACGAAUCCUCCAGUUUGGUUUGGUUUGCUGUGCCAUAAGUUAUGGCAAUUCCUUACCAAAUCUACAAAAUAUAAUUUAUUUUACACUGUUCUAAGUAGAGCAAAUAGUUAAAUCCUAAAAGCUUCAGUUUCUUUUAAUGUUUUUCCUUGUGUAUAUAUAUUUCCAAAAUACAUUUUACAAAAUGCUAAUUGAGGAGUGAUGCAGUAUAUACAAGCUAAUGAGACUUGUAUUGUAAACCAAAUUAUUGGUAUUUUGAUAACAACAUGGAUGUUAAGGAAGAUUACAAAUAUAAGAUAAAUAUUUUACUACUAGUAUAAUACAGCUCUUCCAUUGUUUGGAUUAUUUCAGAAUAGAUGGAUGGAGAGUUGUGUGUACGUAAUAAGAAAUGAUCAGCCUCCUGAAUAGUGUUGAAACCAUCCCUCUGCAAUGCAGAUCUUGUAGGUCCUCUCUAACAGAUUAUACACUUUCUGCUUUUUGUUUUUUAAUACAUAUUAAUGUAUUUCUUGCCAUGUAACACUAUGUUUUAGUUUUUCUAUGUCCUUAACGGAUGGGAUUUCAGCUCCAUCAAAUUGAAUCAUUCUUUCCCAAUUUGUUCACAUACAAUUCCUGUUUAUUGGUGUGUAAUGUCUUUAUGUGCUUAAAUAAUUGGUUAAAAAUGGCAAUGUGUAUUUAUUUAGAUUUCUACACUUAAGAAAUGCUUAUGUAUCUUUAAUCAUGUCUUACUACUAAGAGAUGGCAGGAUUAUGCAAGCUAAAAAAAAAAGAAGUUAUAUUAAACUCCUACUGGCACAUUACAAAAAGCUCUAAUACCCGAUACUCCACCAGAAUUGGUUCGAUUGGGACUGAUGGCUGGGUCAAGUUAGUACUGCUAGAUCUCUGACAUUCAGAGUGAUGGAACCGCUGUUGACUUGGAGGCAUUACAUAUAUUUUUCUCACAAGUCAAGAUAUUUUUAUUUAAAGUAGGUAAUUAAUUUCAGCUUUUUUUCUUAGAUGCCUACGGGUCAGUCAUUAUGUCUUGGCUGGAUAAUGUUAACACUUUACAUUAGACUGAUGUUCUCAUGAUCAAAAACUGCAUAAGGACAAGCUGUGUUCAUUUUACUAAAGAAGGAUUUUUAGCUUUUUAUAUGCAAAUACAAAAAAUGGGCAAUGAGAACCAGUUCUCUCUAUAAACGAAUUGGAGUGUUGCUUGUGUAAAGUUUCUGAAUUUAUAUAAUUCCAUCAUAGGAUUGGUUAGGUCCAAAACUAAGAAAAUAAAAUUUCAUUGUUGUUAAUAUUUAAAAGUACUCUUGAGCCAUGUUGUUUGUUUUCACUUGUAUCACUUAUACUAAAAGCCAUUCAUUAUUAUUGAAAUUAGCUUUUUUUUUUUUUUAGAAUUUACUGUUUACUACCUGCCUGUUUGCUUCUUCCAUGGAUUUUGCUUCUUUUUGGCUUACUCAGGGCA